UAUAGAUAUACAAAUAGUUCAAGGGGCGUGCGAGUUUUCCGUCGUAGCAAGAGGUGAUGAAGAGACGAAACUUCUUGUGGAUUAUUUACGAUCUGACGGAUGUUAUAAAUUUUUGAGUGUGUUUUAAAAAUACUGCUCUUGUGAUGCCUUCUGCCAGGGACCCAGAAACACUUUUCGCACUCAGUCAAAAAGUAAUUGUUGAUUUCUUGACAUUACCUUGGCGAAGUAGAAACCAGUUCACAUUCGAAAUUUCGAACCGAAUCAAUUCUAUUUUAUCAUGUAUACCGGCAUCUUUAAUAGAUUCCGUCGUAUCUGGUGUGAUAGAAGAAUUCUCGCGACUUAAAACUGUAACAGAAGGAGGCGCUGCCGAACUUUUACUGAAAGCUGUGGCCGUACCACAGUUGCAAGUGUUGGACUGCCGGACGCUUGUCAAGCUUGGAUACGUUUCAGAUGAAGUACGACAUGGUUUUCAGUAUACUAUAGCAGGUUUGAUUCCGUCAUUGCGCAAUUUAGUGCAGUUGUCUUUUUCAACUCACAAGAAUGAAUUCACACUUCCAGUUUGUGAUGAUGAAGUGCUAUGGAACAUAGGCUGUAAUUGUCCUCAUCUGAAGUCUUUAAACUUUAGAUGUUGUAAUCACGUUACAGAUGAGGGAUUAAAGUGUUUAAUACCUGGGUUCUCUGAUAGUACAGGCUGUAAACAUCUCGAAGAAUUAUACGUCUUCGAAAGCUCUGUUACUGAAAAAGGUGUUACUCUCGCACUGGAACAUCUAAAAAAGUUACGAAUAGUCGAUUUCAGAGAACUGUGCACUUCGCUGAUACUUUUGUACAAUAAGUGUAUGACGAAUGGUUCACGCUUGUUGGAGGAUGGACUAAAAAUAACCCAUAUAAAUAAUUUGGGUGUCUGCCGACCAGCACAAAAACUACAGUUCGACCAGAAGAUUGUUAGAAUUUGUCAGAUUUUAUGCCCCAACUUGAGAAAUCUCAAAGUCAGGGUAACUGAUUUUGAUGUUGCACAUUUAAAAAAACUUCCGUCAUUGACAGCUGUAGAAUUCGUCUAUAAUAUUGGUAGGCCGCUGUCUCCUGGUGAAGGGACAGUAAACUUCCUGACACAGUAUGGCCAUCAAUUGAGUGCUCUAACAAUAAUAUGCAAUUUAUUUGCAGUAGAACUGUUUGUCACUAUAGGUGACAACUGCCCAAACUUAAAAGAGUUAUGGAUCAAAUGUAAUGAACUAUUAUGCAACCCUGAGUGGGUUGCUCCUGUUUCACAAAGAAUAGUGUACACCCAUCUAGAGUCUUUGUAUGUGAGAAUUGGGGAAACUGAGGAUUCAGAGUGCUUUUUACCAGCAGAGGUGUUGGUAUAUAUUUUGAGAUGUAGUUGGGGCUUGAAAUCUCUGCAGCUGAUUUUUAGAAGUGUGUCAGUGGCAGAUACUUGGUUUGAUUCCAUACUGAUGGAGAUAAACACUGGAUCAUUGGAAAAAAUAUUUAUAGCGAUUCCUGGUAGUAACUGCAAUUAUUCUGCUGUUAUGUUGUCGAUGGAAACUGUUGAGAGUAUUAUGAUACACUGUCCAAAACUGAAAGUGUUGGGAAAUUUGUUGGUAUGGAAUGUUACUCGUACACAGGUUAAGGAAUUGAGAGACUGGAUUACUGCCAGAAAUUUAGAUGUGAUAAUUGUAUACAGAUUCAUGAAAAUUAAGUAAUUUCAUUGCCUGUAGCCUUCUAAUUGAACAUUUUUUUUUAAAUGUAGGUUAUUGAUGUGGACAAAUGAAAGUUAAGCAGUAACUGAAGAUUGGAAUUUGAGAAUUUCAUUAUUGUUUUUAUGAAGGACUAAGUAAUUGCCAUUUGCACAGUGGCAACUGACUCAUUCCAGUGCCUUACCCUGCUUUGUUUCUAAGAUUUUUUAGGGUGUAAGAAACUGAGGUUUUGUAGUGUUUUAGACCUGUUGCAAAUAGAAUUUCACAAAUGUGUAUUGAAAUUUUUGCAUUUAUUGUUGAUUUUUUAAAAAAAUCAUGUACUUUGGUAAAUGGUUACACACAACUGGUUGCAUUUGACAGAGCAUAUUGUGUAACAAAUGCUUAUAAGUACUUAUCUAUAUUUUCAUGUUUGUUGUGUAAUUUGCAUUUCCUUUUGUGCUGAUAGUCAUCUAACAAUUUUAAUGGCACUAACAAUGAAAUCAUUAAAACAUUAGUUUAUUGCUCGUCUCGAAGAGAUAAGAUCUUCUAUGAAUCACCAUUUCUUUAAUUCUGCAGAUAGUGCAUUGAUUUCAGUUACCAUUUUUUAUUUAACUGCUUUCAUUUUUUGUUCACAGGUAAUUUUGGAAUAGUUUUUUUGCAGUCUGUGUUCCAGUAACACACUGUGUUUCAUGAUAAUGAUAUCAUAUAACUGUGUAAACUUGUUUUGUUUUCCUAUGUUCUUCAUUAACUAUAUUCAGUUCGGUUAGACAUUGAUCUCGUUAGUCUUUAAGUAGACGAUGUAAGGAUGUCAAUCGCUUUACUCUUAAAUUUGUGAAACACUGGUUCUGUCUGAAUAGAAGCUUAAUGGUGCUGCUUUGCCAUCAAGUUUCCAUUGUUAGUACAGCCAAUAAGUAAAAGCUCGUUUACUUUGCUCUUUUUAAUUUUAAAAUCACUCAUGGAAAAGUACUUUUAGGUAAAUUUUAUUACAAAAAUUGUGUUAUAUAAAUAAAUCUAGAAUUUUUUAACUGCAAAAUGCCUGUAUUGAUGUCAUCCUAGGUAAAUUGGGUUUAUGAUUGUGCAAAUCACUAACUCACAAGGACUCAGUUUUGCCUGGACCAAAUUAAAUACACUAUAAUCAUCUCAUGGAUUUCAGUGUGCUGAUAACAGAAGCAGAGAAGUAGUGUGUUAAGCCAGAAGGCGACAUGAGUUGUUAAAGCCAAUGAAUGCAGUGUCAUGGCAAAUAACUAAAACUCUUUGUUCUGCAGGUUACAAUUAUUAGAUUUUGGUGGGUGGCAUAUGGCUGCUAUUUUUAGUCGCAUCAUUAGUCAAAACAGGUGGUGCAAUCAGAUAAAUUAUUUCUGGCAGUAUCAAUUAAGGCUGGAAUGUGGUAGUAAAUUCCACAAUCUAAAGCCAGACAACAGCUUAGUGUGGCUUUUACAGUGUUCUGAGGUUUCCUCUUGGAAUAUUUAUUUAGUUUUGUAAAAAAAUAAUAAGACUAACUUUAACUAGCAUUUUAAUUAAUACAGUGUGAAUAAAUGUUUAUAGUUGAGAUUUCCUUAAGUAUUUAUAAGGAAGCUGUGCAUCACAAAUGUACCUGUACGAAAUUUUGCUCAGUGUAAAGUACCUUCAAAUGUGUACCUAUUUAAUCAUAGAAAUUCAUUUUAAAAAUUUUGAUAUGUUGUAAAGCAUAUCAGUGUGAAGAAGUCAGUGGACCAAUAAAUAA